GGCAGCUGGCGGGGAGGAUGCGGAGGCGCCGGGGCCGCGCAGCACUGAGGGGCUCGGAGGCGGCGGGGACAUGAGCCCGGGGGGCGGCCGGGCCCUGGGGCCGCUGCUGGUGGUCCUGGCGCUGGUGCUGGCUCCGUGUGCGGGGCGGCGGCGGGCAAUUGUGAACCGAUCAGUUCCAGAUGUUUGCGCGACUUGCCACAUUCAUGCUACAUGUCAUCAAAUUGAAGGAAAAAGUGUCUGUAUUUGUAACUAUGGAUUUGUGGGGAAUGGAAGAACCCACUGUCAAGAUAAAGACGAAUGCCAGAUAGGAGCCAACAAGAUCUGCGGAAAUCACACACUGUGUCAUAACACGCAUGGAAGUUUUUACUGUGUUUGCCUUGAUGGAUACCGGGCCUCUAACAACAACAAGACAUUUAUUCCCAAUGAUGGCACGAACUGUACAGAUAUAGAUGAAUGUGAGGAGUCUGGGCUGUGUGGUCACAAUGCAAGAUGUGUAAAUACUAAAGGAAGCUACAAGUGUUAUUGCAAUGAUGGUUAUAAAUUAGAAAAUGGAGCGCAUUCUUUUCAUCCAGAUGGGAACAAAGUUUCAUGCCAAGAAAUUGGAUGUGGCUCCCCUCCUGAAAUGGAGCAUGGCUACAUUGUAGGAAACUACAGCUCGGUACCAGGCAGUACGGUUCAUUAUGAAUGUGAAGAAGGGUUUUACAGCGACGAGGGAAAGUUCUCGUAUUGCACUGCAAAUGAAGCUUGGGAGCCUGCCAUUUUACGCUGUAAAGGUGUGGAUUGUGGGGUUCCACCUUCUAUCCUAAACGCACGUCCAACAUCUGCAAGCAAGACCACGUAUGGAAGUAAAGUUACUUACAGUUGUGUUCAUGGUUAUUUUAUCGCAAGUGGCAAUCAGACUGCAGUCUGCAAUGCCAAAGGACAGUGGGAUGGUGCUGAUUUGGUAUGCAAAGAAAUAGACUGCGGCAGACCUUUGCUGAUUCCACACACAGAAAUCAUCUGGGAUAACUCUACCACUCUGUGGAGCAGAGUGUACUAUCAGUGUAAAGAAGGAUAUUAUUUCGAUGGAGACAGGAAUUUUUCAGAAUGCACAAUGGAUCAAGAGUGGGAGAAUAUUACUUAUGUAUGCAAAGAGGAGGAAUUGUUCAGUAAUUUGUCCAUAUUCAAUGAAACUUGCAUGAAAUGGCAAAGAAAAACUGGAAGACGAGGAAUGCAGAAAACUUACACAUUUCAUAUACUUGGCCAAAGAUGGGAUGAGAAGACAUUCUCAGAGGAUGUGAUACUUAACAUCACUACGAGUGAAGAUAAUCCAAAUGUGUGUUUAGAUCUCAACUCUGGCAGUAACUACGUGGUGAAUAUUACUACCAUCUCUUCCACAAACAUCAGCGUGUCAGUUACAGUAGCAGUUCAAACAAAGGUAAAGGAAGCUUUCAAUAAUGUGUUAAUUUUUAAUGACACCUGCUUGAAAUGGCGGAGAAAUAUAAGGGGAGCUGAUACGGAAGACAGAUACUCUUUUCAUGUGCAAGGCCAGCGUUGGUAUCAGAAGGAAUUCUUGCAUGAAAUGACCUUCAACCUUACCACACACAAGCAGGCUCCAGAAGUUUGUUUUGAUUUGCAGCCAGGCACCAAUUACUCUGUUAAUAUUUCCAUGGUAGCUUUGAAUUUUUCACUGAUGGUUUCAAUGACAACGCAAAUCACAGAUCCCCCAUUCCCAGAUGUAGAAUUUGUUGCAGCAAAAGGUUCUGCACCCUUGCUCAGACUCCGGAAAGCAGAAGAUCGAAAUGGGCCGAUCAGUCUUUAUCAAGUGAUUGUGCUUCCUCUGGGUUUGCAAAGUACUUUUAUUUGUGACUCCUUUGCUGCUGCAACUUUCUUUAGUAACACCACUGACACUAAGGGAUAUGUAGCAGCUGAAUUUCAGGCGAAGGAUGUUGCUGAUAACAUGCCAGUUGCUCUUGGAGACAGACAUUACUACGGAAAGUUUUAUAAUGCUCCUUUAAAGCUGGGAAACGAGUACUGUGUUUUUUUGAGAAUAAUAAGCGAGUGGAAUAAGGUGAGAACACAGUCCUGUGCUGUAUGGGCACAAAUUAAAAAUUUAUCACCCACUCUUCAAUACAUGACUGCUGUUGCAUUUGGGUCACUUGCUGCUGUCUGCGUUAUACUGUUCCUGUCAUUCUCAGCAGCACGGGGCAAUGACUUUAUGACUGUUCUCCUUUCAAAGAUCUUAUCUCCACAGUGCAGUGCAUUCCCCACCUGCUGCUUUAGCCUGCGAGGGUGUACGUUUAUCUGCUACCAUGGGUAUGACACAAGCCGGGAUUGCAUCAUCGUCCCUAGAGACCGAAAAUGUCUCUCUUCUCUAACGUGUUAUCCCUCGAAGUUGGCAUAAAGAAAAUGCAGUCUCCCUGCCAAAGCCAACACCUGUCAGGAUGUAGCUGUAAGGCACACCUCUGCUAUAGCAUUGACAGUUGGAAUGUGUUUGUUACUGGGUUUUUUUAUUGCGUCCCCUUGUUUUCUGACAGCGUGGUGUGGAGAGAAAAACCUUCCAUCACAAACAUGUUGUGUCAGAGACGUUAGCAUGCAUCUCAUGUGUCGGCCACAGGCUUUAGCUAUUCCAGCCACAUGGAUGCCUGAUAGCAAGUGUCUGUAUCAUACCUGAUUACAUGAAUAAUCCCCUGAUCCAGUUGAGACUGUCUGAGGAUUAACUGCUACUUCAGAUGCCUUAGGACAUACAAACUGACCCAUUAUGAGAGAAAAUACAGAUCAACUUUUACCUCAGAUUAAGUGCCUGCUGUCUUUCCAAGUAAAAAUGUAGGAGAUUUCAUCAGUCACUCAUGCGUAACGCUACUUCAGUAACAAGUACAGAGUGAAGUUGUCACGUGAAAUAGUGUCACCAACACAUGUUCCGUAGAUAUUGCAAUCUCAUAGCAAUUAGGAGUAAUUGCAAAUAGUACACCAGUUUAUAAAACUGCAGUUGCAAAAAAAAUAAGUAGCUUUAGUGUCAUGUGAAACUAUUUUAAAUCAAGAGCUACCUGUGUUAAGUUCAGUUUUAUUAAUCUCUGUUUUAUAAUUACAACUGAAUAACGACAUUAAAAUCAUUGUCUGCACAGGUAUGUAACAUCUGGUUAGAGUCAGCUGAUAAAGUACAGUUAACCAAUUUCCUAUGACAUCCUCCCAAAUAAUAUUUUUCCCUCCUAUAAGAAAGAAGCAAUUGUCUGUGCUCACUUCCACUCCUGUUCAGAAGAUGCUUUGAGUAAUACUAGAAAAAUCAUUCUGUUAACUGGUGAAAUAAAAAGAAGUUUUGAGCUUUAGUAAUUUAGUCACUUUUUUGAAGUUAUGUUUUGUAUCUCACCACUUUGAAUAUACGAUAUACCUUUUUGGAAUUCU